AUGGAGAAAGCAUCCACGAAAUUCGACCCCGAGAAGUCCAAUGACAGUGCCUUGGGGGGACCAGUGCCUUCAGAUGAUGAAAAUACCGUGUCUGGUUUUGCUACAGAUACCGAUGCCACUGUUGAGAGGAUGGAAAACGGGGGCAUCACCCCUAAUGAGAAGGCCCUCGCGUCCGACUCGGACGCUUCAGAUUGGGAGCAGGACCCAGAGAAUCCGUACAACUGGGGCACAGCAAAGAAAUGGUCACAAGUUGCUAUGUGUGCGUCCUUUGCAUUCCUAGCGUCUCUGGGGACUUCGAUAAUGUCGCCCGCGACAACACAGCUCCAGCAGGAGUUCGGCGUCAGCAUAACGCAAUCAAUAGUCCCGUUGUCGCUGUAUGUCUUCGCCCUGGCCCUUGGUCCUGUGCUCGGUGGCCCCUUGUCCGAGACCGUCGGCCGCUAUUCAACCUACACAUUCCUGUGCACGCUCGGCGCCUUUUUCACCCUCGGCUGUGGACUCGUUCACAGUUUUGCGGGACUCUGUAUACUGCGCUUCCUAGCUGGAUUUUGUUUCGCACCUUGCCUAGCUGUGUCGGCUGGCUUGCUUAACGAUGUUUUCAGGCCGAUGGAGAGGGGUCUGCCGUCGGCUAUAUUUAUAUUGACGCCUUUCCUCGGCCCGGGCAUAGCCCCUUUGAUCGGUGCCUUUGUCGUGAACAGGAAAGGAUGGCGCUGGACACAGUGGACUAUGCUGUUCUUCUACGUUCAAGCUAUGAUAAUCGGUGUUGUAUGGGGCCGCGAGACCUACGCACCCGUACUUCGGCGCAGAAAGGCAAAGAAGCUGAAAAUUCCCUUGCCUCCGUCUCCAUCAGUCGUCGCCCAGAUCAAGUUGUUCGUCACCGUCGCACUGCUUCGGCCAGUCCACAUGCUCUUCACCGAGCCCAUUAUCGCCUUCAUCUGCCUAUACGUCGCCUGCGAGUUCGCCACCCUCUUCUGCUUCUUCGCCUCCGUCCCCUAUGUCUUCGGCAAGAUUUACCACUUCGGGAUUGAAGAGGUGGGGCUGGUAUAUAUCAGCAUCGUCGUCGGCUGCCUCGUUGGGUUCGUUACAAUCGUCGUUUGCGACGUGUGCUUCUACAGGCCGCAGGCGGCUAGACACCCUCCACACCAGGUCCCGCCCGAGUAUCGCCUCCUCCCGGCGAUGAUAGGCAGCGUACUGGUCCCUGUGGGGAUUUUCUGGUUUGGCUGGACGGCGAGACCUGGCAUCUCGUGGGCGAGUCCGGUCGUAGCGAUCAUGCCUUUUGCGUGGGGAAAUAUCUGUCUGUUCGUAUCAACCACGCAAUACAUGGUGGACACUUUUCACGGGACCACUGUGGCCAGCGCCAUGAGCGCGAAUAGUCUGGCGAGGUACGGGCUGGCCGGCGCAUUCCCCCUUUUCACGGUGCAAAUGUACCAGAAUCUCGGGGUCGGAUGGGCCACCAGUCUGUUGGGCUUCAUCGCAGUGGCAUUGCUCCCGGUACCUUGGGCACUAUUCAAGUUUGGGGAGACUAUAAGAGCAAGGAGUCGGUAUGAGACUGCUCUCAAUUAA